CUAAAAGUUAUAUUAGCUGACACUAAAAGUUUGCCGCUAAAAGCUAUAUUAGUCGCCACUAAAAGUAUUUGUUAGUGGCAACAAUAAUUGCCGCUAAAAGCUAUAUUAGUCGUUUUCCUAAAAGUAUUUAUUCGUGGCAACUAUAAUUGCAAGCUAUAUUAUUCUCCACUAAAAGUAUAUAUAAGUGACAACUACAAUUGCCGCAAAAAGCUAUAUUAUUCGCCACUAAAACUCUUUAUUAGUGGUAACUAUUAUUGCCGCUAAUAGAGGGACAACAUUUUCAAAUUGGCUAGCUGAUGUUUCGUUUGUUAAGCUGGUGAAAUUGUCUCUUAGUAACUGCAAGGACUGUUACUCUUUGCCAGCACUAGGACAACUCCCUUGUUUGAAAUUCCUUUGGAUUAGAGGGAUGCAUGGAAUAAGAGAGGUGACGGAAGAAUUCUAUGGCAGUUUGUCUUCCAAAAAGCCUUUUAACUGUCUUGAGGAGCUUGAAUUUUCUGAUAUGCCGGAGUGGAAGCAAUGGCACCUUCUAGGAAGUGGAGAGUUUCCUACACUUGAGAAGCUUGACAUUAUAAAUUGUCCUGAACUCAGUUUGGAGACACGGACACCCGUCCAACUUUCAAGUUUAAAAAGUUUUCAAGUAAUUCGUUCUCCUAAAGUUGGAUUUGUUUAUGAGGGAAUGAAGCAGAUUGAGGAAUUAUAUAUCGGAAAUUGUAACUCUGUUACCUCCUUUCCUUUUAGCAUACUGCCCACUACCUUGAAGAGACUAGAGAUAUCUGGUUGCCCAAAAUUGAAAUUGGAUCCGCCAUUUGUUGAGAUGUUUCUGGAGGAAUUGAGUGUGGUCGAAUGUGAUUGUAUAGAUGAUAUAUCAGCUGAGUUGCUCCCAACAGCACGCGAAUUGAGUAUUAGGAAUUGCCACAACCUUACUAGGUUUUCUAUUCCUACUGCCACUGAAACUCUCUUUAUUCAGAAUUGUGAGAAUGUUGAAAAACUAUCCGGUGGGGGGACCCAGAUGUCGUCACUGACUAUUUGGAACUGUAAGAAGCUGAAGUGGCUGCCGCUGCCACAACUCCUUCCAUUUCUUAAGCAUCUGUAUGUGGAUAAUUGUCCAGAAAUAGAGUCCUUUCCUCAAGGAGGAUUGCAAAGACUUGUAAUCUGGAAUUGUAAGACACUGGUGAGCCGCCGAGAGGAGUGGACACUCCCCUGUCUCACAGAGUUAUGGAUCUCUCAUGACGAAGAGAUUGUUGGUGGUGAGAAUUGGGAGUUGCCUACCUCUAUUCAAAUACUUGCUAUAUCCAAUCUGAAAACGUUAAGCAGCCAACAUCUCAAAAGCCUCACCUCUCUUCGACAUCUUUGUGUGAAGGGUAAUUUACCUCAAAUUCAGUCAAUGCUGGAACAAGGCCAAUUUUCUCACCUCACUUCGCUUCAAUGUCUACGAAUCAGGGAUUUCCGUAAUCUCCAAUCACUUGCUGAAUCAGCACUGCCCUCGUCCCUCUCUCACCUUGACAUCUCCCAUUGCCCUAAUCUCCAAUCUCUUGGGAUGCCAUCUUCCCUCUCUGAACUAUCUAUUUCCAACUGUCCAUUGCUCACACCACUACUAGAAUUCGACAAGGGGGAAUACUGGCCACAAAUUGCUCAUAUAUCCACCAUACAGAUCGAUGAGGAAUGCCUUUAAUUAUUAAAACAAAAGGCUGAUAUGUGGAUUUUGAAGGGCAAUUACGACAAGUCUGGUGCUUCUAAGGUGCUGCUGCUAUUUUUACAUCUGCUCGCAAGUUCUUUUUUAUUUUUUUUUGUUCUUUUCCGCUAAAGAAAUUAUGUCAUCCACACUGAACUCAGAUCUGCUGUUAUAGGCAAGUCUUCGAGAUGGGGCUAUCAAAGAAGGGUGAUUAAUAUCAUUGUACCGCUGAGACUAUUUCAUGUUUCCAGAGCAAGCCUCUUUUGUAAGUUGACAAACUCGAUUUGUAUAUUUGUUUGGGACUCAACUAGUGGUUAGAGUACUCAUUUUGUAAGAUUUGUGUCCACAAAAUCAAAUUAGAAUGAUAACUCUAGAUAAUUGAAUAAGCUCGAGAAGUGGAUUUGAAUUUCAAAUCGUGACUUUUUUUUUGUGUGUGUGUGAGAGAGAGAAAUUUGAAGUGUUGCUUAGAUUUGUUGGAAUAGCCUAAAGAGAUUAUCUCUAUAAAAUUUGAAGUCAUUUGAUGGA